AUGAGGAGGUUCCAGAAGUCCUGGAGAUUCCAUAAGCGUAUGACGAAUGCGCCUGAGAGCCCUUGCAGAAGCACUAGACCUGCAAGUGAUUCGUCACCACUCGCUGUCCUGCGAAAGGUUGCUCAAAAAUUUGGGCUUCUUGCUCCGGAGUCACAAGCUCACCCUGAUCCUCUGCUUUGUCAGCGUGGCGAGCAGCCGGCAACAGAGAAGUGGUGGACGCUUCUGCCCUUGGAACCCCGGAAGUAUCAGCGGGCGAUUGUCUUCGACACUGAAACCUCGGGCUUUGGCGCAGAUGACGAGAUUCUAGAGAUUGGCGCGGUGGAGUUCGAGGUCUGUCCGCCGCACUCUUCAAUGGGGACCUUUUCGUCUUUCCGACCAACUGGCAAGUGCUUUCACAGCCUCCUGCGGCCAACAAGGCCAAUCAAUGCCAAAGCAUCAGAAGUCAACGGGCUUUACUUCGAUGAGAUGCAGGCGGCAGCAUCCAGACCACACACUUUGCGAAGUUUCAUGCAGUUCGCUGCUGGAGAAAACACUGCAUUGGUCGCCCACAACGCUGCCUUUGACCUGAGGAUGAUGCUCCAAGACUUGAAGCGUUGUGGACUUGAAGGAGAGGGCAUCAGGCUAGGGCAGCGAUGCUUUUGCAGUGCGGCAGCGUUUGCAGCCUUCAGGAGGGUGACAAACCAAAGCGAUGGCCCUUCUUUCGAUGCUCCUUCUUUCGCUUCGAUUGCUCUUUGGAGGUUGUGCUUGCGAUUUCUUCCAAAUUGGCGAGUCAGGGAGGUGAGGAACAUGUGCAUGGACCAACAUCAUUGUCCAUGCCGUGCAGAUUGCCAUCCUCUCCAUCCGGGUCAAGCUCAGAAGUGCUGGUGCAAAAGGGGCAGAAGCGGCGCUUGCCUAGCACCUUUGCGAGCGCAGCAGAGUGAGACUGAAAAAGGAUGA